UGGCAGACAAAUAACAAGCAUAUUUUGCCUUGAUUUAAGAUAUUUAAUCUUGGUUAGAGUUUACUUUUUGCAGUGUGUGGCUUGACUGGAGUGAAAUCCAGGAGGGGUGGAAGAGGUUGUAGCAGUUUCGGGAGGAGUCUGUACAAUCUGGCAACCUCAGACAGGGCGAAGUGAUUUAUUUGCAGUGUGUACUGUCAGUGCUUUGGGGAAACCUGGUUUCAGUGACAUUAAACUGGUGAAGCGGCGACUGAAGGAGUUCGGACAGGACCAGAACCAUGCUGGGGAGGAGGAAGAAUGUUGCGGGGUCGCAGAAUGAGCAGCCCAAAGCCUGUGAGUCGAAGAGCCCUGACCCCCUGAGGAGACUCGGCCUGCUGGACGAUGAGGACGUGCGUGUAAUGCUGCAGGGCUCCAGGAUGGUGAAGGUGCGCUCACCACGCUGGCAGAAAGACCGCAGCUUCCGGCUGCUAGAGGACUGCGUCACUGUGUGGUGUGAGUCCAGCAAGACCUCUGACAAAGCCAAGAACCGCCAGACCUUCUGUGUGACGGAGGUGGAGUGUGUGCGGGAAGGCUGCCAGUCCGAGUGCCUGCGUCGAGUCGCCGAUUCCGUUCCCGAUUCUCAGUGCUUCACACUGGUGUUCCGAGGAGGGAGGAAGAGUCUGGACCUGUGUUGCUCAUCACGUGAGGAGGCACAGUGCUGGGUCCGGGGCAUCCGAACUCUCAAAGACCGUGUCGCCAACAUGAGCCAGAAGGACAAGCUGGAUCAUUGGAUCCGAAGCUAUCUGAGACGAGCAGAUCUGAACCAGGAUGGAAAGAUGAGUUAUGACGAGGUCCAGCACCUGCUCCAGAUGAUCAACAUAGACCUGAAUGAGCAAUAUGCACGCACACUCUUCAAGAAGUGUGACCGCUCCCAUGAUAACCGCUUAGACCCUGUGGAGAUUGAGGAGUUUUGUCGGGAGCUCAUGCGACGACCUGAGCUGGACGCUGUGUUUCGCCAUUACUCCAGUAACGGCUGUGUGCUGUCCACAAUGGAGCUGCGGGACUUCCUGGGUGAUCAGGGCGAGGAUGCCACACUGGGUCAUGCACAAAAACUCAUCCAUACCUACGAGUUCAAUGAUUGGGCCCAGAAGAACCUGUUCAUGACUCAGAACGGCUUCACCAUGUACAUGCUGUCAACCGAAAAUGACGUGUUCAACCCUGACCACACUCGUGUGUAUCAGGACAUGAGCCGGCCGCUGGCCCACUACUACAUCUCCUCCUCUCAUAACACCUACCUCACUAAAGACCAGGUGACUGGAGAAAGCAGCACAGAGCCUUACAUCAGGGCUUUGAAUCAGGGUUGCCGCUGUGUCGAAUUGGACUGCUGGGAUGGAGAUAAAGGAGAGCCUAUGAUCUACCAUGGACACACUCUCACCUCUAAAGUAGCUUUUAAGGAGGUCAUUGAAACUAUUGCUCAGUAUGGCUUCAAGGUAUCCCCGUAUCCUCUGAUCUUGUCUCUGGAGAAUCAUUGCUCUGUGGAGCAGCAGACUGUCAUGGCUCAGCACCUGCGCUCUAUCCUUGGUUCAGCUCUACUUACCAAACCUCUCAGCGACCAGACACUCAAUCAGCUGCCCUCACCUGAGGAGCUGAAAGGCCGGAUCCUGGUGAAGUCAAAGAAGCUGACUGGUCAGAUGGAAAAGAUGGGCAGCUCAGCCAGUUUCUCAUCCAGUUCAGAUGAAGAGAUCGGGGGCAGUAACAAGAGCUCCAGCAAGAAGGAGUCUGGGAAGUCUGUGAGCUCUUCGAAGAUAAGUCCCGAGCUGUCUGAGCUGGUGGUGUAUUGCUGCAGCAUACCGUUUCCUGGGUUCGAGGCGGCCAGUCAGAGACCCCCAAGUGAGAUGUCCUCUUUCUCUGAGAAUGAAGCACUCAAGCAUAUCAAAGACUCAGGAAAGAUUUUUGUGAGACAUAACAGUAGACAGCUGAGCCGGAUUUACCCAUCAGGCCAGAGACUACAGUCCUCUAACUACGACCCACAGGACAUGUGGAAUGGAGGAUGUCAGAUGGUGGCUCUGAACUUCCAGACACCAGGCGAGCAGAUGGAUCUGAACCGGGGUCGUUUCUUGCCCAACGGACAGUGUGGCUACGUGCUGAAACCAGACUUCCUGUGUCAGCCAAAUUCCAGCUUCAACCCCGAGAACACAGGCGGAGGCCCUGGACACAUACCCACUCAACUUACCAUCAGGGUGAUUUCUGCCCAGCAGUUACCCAAGAUUAACACAGACAAGCCCAACUCCAUUGUGGACCCUCAAGUUUGGGUGGAGAUUCAUGGAGUGUCUAUUGAUAAGGCCCGUGCCAAAACUCACCGCAUCAACAACAACGGUUUUAAUCCACGCUGGGAUUGCACUCUGAGCUUUCAGCUGCAGGUUCCUGAGCUUGCCCUGGUGCGCUUUGUGGUGGAGGAUCAUGACCACAAGAGCAAAAACGACUUCGUCGGCCAGUUCACCUUACCCUUCAACAGUCUACGCAUAGGUUACCGUCACAUUCACUUGUUGAAAGCAGACGGCUCGAGCCUGUCUCCAGCUUCGCUCUUCAUCCACGUGAAGGUCACACGCUAUGGUGUCCCCAUCAAAAUAGUGUCAAAGUGCAUGAGUAAAGUCUGAAACCCUCCAGACCCUGAUCCAUAAUGAUCCUAGGACGUUCUGAGGACGUCCUACCGAUGUGGACUGACAGGAGCACGAACAGGAGCAGCCCGGCUCCUGAAUUCCCUCCCGAAGAACCACGCUGAUGGAACUCAUGAGCCAUGUAACGUCCAGACACAAGCUCCUACAGAGUCUGUGCUUUGUGAGAGUGUCGCUCAGUGUAGACAUGGCGUCUCCGUAACCAGGGCUUCCAGACAGGCUUUAGACUAGAGCCAGCUGUGAUUGACAUCUAUUACUAUGAACUAUUGCUGUUUCUUGUUUCCUGAGAUUAGAGUUGUGUUAUGUAGUCCAUUUUUAUGUUUUUACAUUUCCUGAAAGAUAGAAGCAAUGAUGUCAGACUGAGAGGUUUUUUUUUUUUACAGUUCAUUUUUUUAAUUGUGUUUAUUGUAAAUUAACAUCUAAUUUUAUUUACAUUCAGAGAGUCAUGAGGUGCCUGAUAAUGUACUGAUAAUGUAAAGGAUGUUUAUUAGUGUUAUUGUACUUGCCAUUUUUUUAGUCAUCCAUGAUGUAUUGAAUAAGGGGAUCCAAUUGAAGGAUUCUUGAGCAAAAUGCUGACGGGAUAAAGACUGAACUAGUAUUUAAUAAAAAAUAGUUCUGGGAA